GAGCACGUCGUCGUGGAUCGAGCAGCGUACUAAGCCAUGCGUAUUCCCGUAUGCUUCCGAUAAGUUCGAUGUGGACAAAAGCAAAUUAGAAAUACAGCGCAACGCGACCGAUGACGAAAUUCGGCUGUUACAGAGAUAGAAGUGAACCGAAGUGAUCUCUGGGAGCAGCAGCCUGCCUGUCCGACGCGUUGGAAUAAAAUCAAAUGCCGAGUGAUAUUACCUGUGCGGCGGCAGUGGAAAAGUUUACUCCCUUCGGACGCGAUUAGAAAUCGAAAUUAGAGAUACAAGAUACAAGAUACAAGAUACAAGAUACAAGAUCUGAGAUCUCUGAAGUUGCUCGCUCGCUGGCUCCCUGCUAAUGCCAAACUAAUUAUAUUAGAGGCAAGCGCGUGUCCCCUUUCGGAUCGAAGAGUGCUAAUCAAUCGCUGGCUAAUUCAAAGACAAUCAAUCCCCCCUCCUUCCACCCUGCUCAAACAAGUCCCCCUGUAAUGCAACAGUGUACAUAGUGCAAUUCAACUCCAAUUAGUGUAAUCCAACCUGCCAAUCCAUUAGCCAUGCAGUCAAUGAAAGCCGAUGAACUGCCGGAGAAUCCGCGCGAGCGUUCCAAUCCCCUCUCCUCGAUGUUCUUCUGUUUUGCCAUGCCCGUGCUUUUCAAGGGGCGGAAGAAGACCCUGGAACAGAAAGAUCUUUAUAGGGCACUCAAAGAGCACAAGUCAGACUCUCUGGGAGAUCGUUUGUGCGCCGCUUGGGAUGAGCAGGUGGCCAGAAAUGAGACACCGCGUCUGGGCCGAGCCCUGAUGAAGGUAUUUGGCUGGAAGCUGAUAGUUACGGGUAUUUCCCUCUUUCUCCAGGAGUUUCUAACCAAGGUCACACAGCCCAUUUGCCUGUUCGGGGUUAUGGCCUACUUUUCCGGCAAUGAUCCGGACCUCAACAAGGCUCAGUUCUAUGCCGCGGGUCUGAUAGCAGGCUCCGUAUUUAGUGUGUUAAUUGGACAUCCCUAUAUGUUGGGGCUACUUCACCUGGGCAUGAAAAUGCGUGUUGCACUCAGCAGCCUCGUCUAUCGAAAGGCUCUCCGACUAAGUAGGACCGCCUUGGGCGAUACCACCGUGGGCCAAGUGGUCAAUCUCCUGUCCAACGAUGUGGGACGCUUCGAUUUGGUUCUGAUCAACGUACACUACCUGUGGUUGGCUCCACUCGAGCUGAUUCUAGUCACCUACCUGAUGUAUCGAGAGAUUGGGGUAUCUUCUCUCUUUGGCGUUGCUAUAAUGCUGCUCUUUCUACCCUUCCAAUCCUACCUGGGCAAGCGGACCAGUGUGCUCCGACUGAGAACUGCCUUAAGGACGGAUGAACGCGUUCGAAUGAUGAACGAGAUCAUCUCGGGCAUCCAGGUGAUCAAGAUGUACGCCUGGGAGAAACCCUUCGGCAAGGUGGUGGAGCUGACACGCUUUAAUGAGAUGCUGUGCAUCAAGCAAGUCAACUACAUCCGCGGCAUCCUCAUCUCCUUCGCCAUGUUCCUGUCCCGCGUCUUCGUCUCGUCCAGCCUUAUUGCCUUUGUCCUGCUGGGAAAUAUCUUGAAUGCCGAGAAGGCGUUCUUUAUCACUGCCUACUACAAUAUCCUGCGACGCUCGGUGACCAUGUUCUUCCCACAAGGCAUCUCCCAGUUUGCCGAGCUAUUGGUCUCCGUGCGUCGCCUGGAGACAUUCAUGCACCGACCAGAGACCCAGGUCCGGGAUAAGUCAAGGAGUCCCACUCCGGCACCAAAGGGAGAGUCACUAAAUGGAGACAGCCCCAAGAGCAAUGGCCUGUCGGAGAAUCUGAUCGAGUUCAAUCAGUUCCAGGCCCGCUGGGAGAGUCAUUCGGUGGAUCCCACGCUGGAGGACAUCAAUCUACAGCUGGGACGUCGCAAAUUGGUGGCCGUCAUUGGACCCGUGGGCGCUGGCAAAUCCAGUUUGAUCCAGGCAGUUCUUGGUGAACUGCCUGCGGAGAGCGGAACUCUCCGGGUCAACGGCAGCUACUCCUAUGCCGCCCAGGAGCCAUGGCUCUUUACCGGAUCCGUGCGCCAGAACAUCCUGUUUGGCUUGGAGUGGGAUAAGCAUCGCUAUCGCACUGUGGUCAAGAAGUGCGCCCUGGAAAGGGACUUUGAGCUGUUACCCUAUGGCGACAAAACGAUUGUGGGUGAACGUGGAGCUUCACUUUCGGGUGGCCAAAAGGCUAGGAUUAGUUUGGCUCGUGCUGUAUAUCGACGAGCAGAUAUUUACCUGCUGGAUGACCCACUUAGUGCUGUGGACACCCAUGUGGGCCGUCAUCUCUUUGACCAAUGCAUGCGAGGUUACCUGCGAAGCGAACUUGUUAUCCUGGUCACGCACCAGCUGCAGUUUUUGGAGCAAGCUGAUCUCAUAGUGAUCAUGGACAAGGGUCGAGUUAGCGCCAAGGGGACGUACUCGUCCAUGAAGCGCAGUGGCUUGGACUUUGCCCAACUCCUUACGGCACCCAAUAAGGAGGAUGAGGCACUGGAGGAGACGGAGUUUGACAUUGGCGAUGGUGUGGAUCGCUUGGGCGUGCCCUCGCUGAGCAGAAGGGACAGCAAGAUCAGUAAGCCGAGCACGCGGAACAACAGCUUCACCUCGUUGAGUUCCAUGGCGGAAUCGAUGGCCCAGGAGGCGGCCUUGCAGAUGCAGGAGACUCGAGUGGAGGGCAAGAUUGGACUGGGACUGUACAAGGAGUAUCUGACGGCGGGCAGCAGCUGGUUCAUGCUCCUCUUCAUGGUGUUUCUUUGCCUGGCCACACAGAUCCUGUGCUCGUUUGCGGAUUACUUUUUGUCCUAUUGGGUCGACAAGAAUACCGAUGGCACUGACAUUAGCUCGGAUCCCGAGGAUAUGUACUACUUUUCCGCCCUUAAUGUGGCCGUGGUGGUGUUUACCAUCGUUCGUACAAUGCUCUUCUACAAAAUGGCCAUGCGCAGCUCCACCCACUUGCACAAUGCCAUGUACCGUGGCAUAACGAGAGCGGCCAUGUAUUUCUUCAACACGAAUCCCUCGGGACGCAUUCUCAAUCGCUUCUCCAAGGAUCUGGGACAGGUGGAUGAAGUCCUACCCACCGUAAUGCUGGAUGUGGUACAAGUCUUCCUCACACUGCUCGGCAUCAUCAUUGUGAUCUGCAUCACCAAUCCCUACUAUAUGAUCCUCACAUUUGCCCUGGCCAUUAUUUUCUACUACAUAAGGGAGUUCUACCUGAAGACUUCGAGGGAUGUAAAGCGUUUGGAGGCGGUGGCCAGGUCACCGAUUUACUCGCAUCUGGGCGCCACCAUCAGCGGCCUGCCGACGAUUCGUGCGUUGGGAGCUCAGAAGGAACUAAUUGCCGAGUUUGACAAUCUCCAGGAUCUGCAUAGCUCCGGUUACUACACCUUCCUGGCCACGAAUCGUGCCUUUGGCUACUAUCUGGACUGUUUCUGCACGAUGUACAUUGUGAUCAUAAUCCUCAAUUACUUCAUUAACCCACCGAAGAGUCCCGGGGAGGUGGGCUUGGCCAUUACCCAAGCGAUGGGCAUGACUGGAAUGGUGCAGUGGGGCAUGCGUCAGUCGGCGGAGCUGGAGAAUACAAUGACCGCCGUGGAGCGGGUGGUGGAGUACGACGAAAUCGAGCCGGAGGGUGAGUUUGAGUCCCGUGAGGGCAAGAAACCCCCACCAAAUUGGCCCGAAAGGGGUGAGAUUAUAACGGAGGAUCUCUGCCUGCGCUACUUCCCGGAUCCGCAGUCCAAGUAUGUGCUCAAAGCCUUGAAUUUCCGUAUCCGGCCCUGCGAAAAAGUGGGCAUCGUUGGACGCACUGGAGCGGGCAAGUCGUCGCUGAUCAAUGCACUUUUCCGACUCUCCUACAACGAAGGCAUCAUCACCAUCGACGAGAGGGAUACAUCUGAGAUGGGACUCUUUGACCUCCGAAGCAAGAUAUCCAUCAUACCCCAGGAACCGGUGCUCUUCUCGGGCAGCAUGCGUUACAAUCUGGAUCCCUUCGAGGAGUAUAAUGAUGCCAAGCUGUGGGAGGCUCUCGAAGAGGUCAAGUUGAAGCCUGUGAUUGCUGAACUGCCAAGUGGUUUGCAGAGCAAGAUUAGCGAGGGCGGCUCCAACUUCAGUGUGGGACAGCGGCAGUUGGUGUGCCUGGCGAGAGCCAUUCUUCGGGAGAACCGAGUCCUUGUGAUGGACGAGGCUACGGCAAAUGUAGAUCCGCAAACGGAUGCCCUGAUACAGGCCACAAUCCGGAGUAAAUUCCGCGACUGCACGGUGCUGACCAUAGCCCAUCGACUCAACACGAUCAUGGACUCGGAUCGUGUGCUCGUGAUGGAUGCCGGUCAUCUGGUGGAGUUUGGAUCCCCCUAUGAACUCCUGACGGCCACCGAGUCAAAGAUCUUCCAUGGCAUGGUGAUGGAAACGGGUCAGAAUAGCUUCGAUAGCCUCCUCAAGGUUGCCGAGAAGGCUCAUCUGGAGGCGAAAAAACCGAAAUCGGAGUAGAUGGCACAGGUUUAUACUUAGUUUAUUAAGGUCUCAACUCCUGCAAAUUUGUACCUAAUCCAGCCAGCUGCAUUUAAGUUAAUUUGCUACUUAAAGUAUUAUACGCCUUUGAACCUUACAUACCCUACUUAUGGAAAGUCCCUUCUUGUAGAUUUAGUAUGAAAUACAGAAGCAGCCCAUCGAAUGGUUAAAUACA